AUGUGUAGGAGUAAGCACGAAGGGGGGAUGGGAUUCCGCCAGUUUGAACAUUUUAACCUGGCUCUCCUAGCAAAGAUUGGUUGGCGGAUUCUCAAUGAGCCCCAAUCCCUCCUUGCACAGGUCUAUAAAGGGAAGUACUUCCCGCGAGGGUUGUUCCUAAGUGCGCAGGCUAGAUCUCGCCCCUCAUGGGGGUGGCAGAGCAUCCUCUAUGGAAGACGGUUAUUGGAGAAGGGUUUACGGUGGUUGAUUGGCAAUGGCCAGUCGGCUUCUCUACUCGACUCUAACUGGAUUCCGGGAGCCCAGCUCGACCCACCAUGUUAUAAUCCUUUGAUCUUACCGGACGGGGGUGAUCCCUUGGUGGCGGAGGUUAUUCGUCAAGGGGAAGGGAGGUGGGCGGAAGACAGGCUUAGUCAUUGGUUCGAUUCGCCUACCUGCAAAGCCAUUAUGACUAUUCCCCUUCCGCGGUAG